AUGAACUCUGGUAAAACAAAAUCUUAAAAAAGGAAAAUGAGUUUAAAACCAUAUGUUUAUCCAAGAUGUUAUGAAAUAUCAGAAUCAUUUGAGAAAGAAAUGAUUAAUAAAAUAUAAUAUUUCAACUCUAACUUGAGGGAAUCUCGAAGACACACAAUGGCUGAAACUUUUAGAGACCUGGAAGAACAAGGAUAAGAUUAAAAUUAGUCAUUAAAGUAAUAUAAAAUCGAAGAAGAAAAUAAAACAAGAUUAAGUUUAUUUUCAAGAAUAAACAGGCUUAAGUCUUUUAUAAGUGAUAGAUCCAAACCAAAUUCUAUAACUGACAAAAUCUCAGCAGAUGCUGAAUAAGUUUUUAUUUCAAAGAGUCUAAUAUGUUCUCAUAACUCUUAAAAUUCAUACUUAAGGUUAAAAAAACUAUAUUAAACGGAGUUGAAAUCAUGUGCUUAAUCCCUUGAUAGAAGUUAAGAUUUUAAUUAACUCAAUCACUUUAAACCUAGGGUUUAGAACAAAAAAAGAGCAUCCCUUUAACUGAUGGAUGCAACAAACUUUCAUAAUUGUUCUAUAAAUGAAAAUUAACCGUAAGAAAAUACAGGCGCAGAUGAUUGUUAUGACUAAAAUAAAUCAUCAAGAACAACCAGUUUUCAAAGAGCAAAUUCAACUAGAAAAAAAUAGACUACCUCAACUACUAGGAAUUAAACAAAUAAAUUAAAUUUUAGUCUUUUCACAAAACUUUAGUAACUAAAAUAAAAAAAAAAGGAUCAAAGGUUAUCAUUUAUGGUUUUUGCGGAUUAUUAAUAUUUUUGA